UGUUUUGGUAUUGGAGUUCAGUAUUUACCAUUAAUGAUUAAUGCCCAUUUCACAACAAACCAAAGUAAAGCUAAUGGCUUUGCAUAUUCAGGAGGAUGUUUUGGAGGGGCAGUGUUGCCAUUAAUAAUGGAAAUAUGUAUAGAGUACUACGGACUUAAUGGAUCUUUCUUAAUUUUAUCAGCUAUCGUGGCAAAUUUUAUACCAUUCUCUAUGUUACUGAAAUCACCAAAAGAAAGUUCACUAAAUAAAGUUCAGAAUCAAAAAGCUAACAUGAAAGUUAGUUGUAUUGAAAUGAAAGACACUGAGAAAACACCGUCUUUUCUAUGUCCUGGUGAUAAUAAUGCAAGCCAAAACUUACAUAUCAAUUUAUUUCCAUCAAAUGAGACUGAAGCUGCAAACUUUGACGUCAAUAAAGAGACUGAAAACAAAUCUAACCUCCCUGUAGAAAAUAAAAAUCUAAAAGCUAAGCCUUUGUCAGCUUUUACUCUUCAAAAUUUUAACAUUUUCAUAGACCCAUCCUUCAUUAUCAUACUACUUAUGUCUACCGGCACAACAUACAUAACAACAGUUACGUUUACAAUCAUUCUUGAUUUUGUACGCGACAAAAAUGUUGGAGCUAGCCUGGAGGUUUAUUAUGUCAUGAUAUUGGCUCUAGCAGAUAUAUGUGGAAGAAUAGGAUCUGGAUUUGUUAUAGACAAACAAAUCUUACCUUCACCUACGAUUACUUCAAUAUGCUGUGUGGGUACUGGAUUAUCCUGUCUUACUCUAUUGUUCAUCAAUAACUAUUUACUUCUGAUGUUUGUUGAGUUUUUGCUUCCUCUAUUUUUUGGAUCUAAUUUGAUUUCACAAAUUACCUUAAUACAUGAAUACAUGCCACCAGAGAAAAGAAGUAUGGCAAUGGUUUGUAAAACGAUGUUGUACGCACCAUUAAGCUUUGCCAUAUCUCCCAUGAUUGGUUAUUUCAGAGGAGAGCAUGGAUCUUAUGAUGGCGUUAUGUACACUCUAACGGGUAUUUCCUUUUUCUCUGGAUUCAUUAUAUACUUUGUCCCACAUUUGGCAAAAAGAAGAAAGACAACAACAUCAGACAAUGUGACAUGAUUUCAUGAAGAAUGAGUUGAAACGCAUACUAACAUUUUUUAUACUUCAAUUUUUCCUUUAAUUUACAGAAAUAUUUGUUAAAUAAAAAUAGAACCAUACUUCGGCUUAUUGUAGCAGUUUAGUACAAAUUCUUUUCUAUAGUGGUUGGUAGGAUUUAGUUUCUUUGUAGAAUUCUAGUAUUAUGGCCGUUUCAGAUACAUUUUAAUUUGGAUAUGAUGUAUGGAUAUUUAUUCCAGAAAAAUGAAUAAAAUC